UUUGGUGUUUAGCCAUCUGGCAACUCUGACAGCUGGCAACACGUGCGAUUGUUUUGGUUUUUGCAGGUUUCGGAAAAAGUAAUUUAAUAGUUUUACAAUGAAGAUUCGUAAGAACCAUGCUCGUAAGCGUUACCGGUACAGUGUUAACCGCAAGACACUCAACAAAACCCGCAGUUCUACUGGAAAAAUAAAGGACCCCCAACUUAAGAAAAUGUGGGAAGAGGGACAACGUGUGGGCACUAACUUUAGCGAAAUGGGCUUGGCCAAGGACCCAAAUAAGGCAAUUGCAAUUCCUAGCUACAAACAAAAUCGUCUGCACGCAGCCAAGAUUGUAAAUGGGUUCGUCGAAGAAGAGCUUGACGAGGACGAGCUUAGGGUUUUAGGCAUCAAGAAGGCGCCUGUAGAGGAGGGACCCAAGCGCGGACACGUAGUCCAGGAGCUCGAGCAACUAGCCAGCGAAAGGGCUGACCCGGAAUUCAGAUUACCCAAGGGUGUCGUUAAGGAGCUAACCUACUUCCUCAACAAACACAAAUUCAACUACAAAGCUAUGGUCACGGAUCGACGCAACUACAACCAAUCCACAUGGCGUCAGUUCAGACUCAAGAUUCGCAGAUUUAUGGCCAUUCCGGAGCAGUUUAACGUAUAUUUGGAGCAAAACAAGCUGCCGAUAGGUGUCAAGCCUAAAUGGGAGGAGUAUGAGUCGGACAGUGAAUGGAAAUAAAUAUUCUAUCUGAUGUCAUUUUAUUUUGAUUCAAACAC